AUGUUCGCGGUGGUCGACCGCCUGCACCUGCUGACGUCCGCACAGAUCAACGUGCUGGUCCGCGCCGACCGCGAGGCUGCGAUUCCGGCGAUGCAGGGCCAGGUGCUGAUCGACCUGCGCGAGCACGGCGGGCGUUUGGCGUCCAACGUGAUGGCGCCGGUGGCGGUGCCGGGUGCGUGGCGCAACGAGCAGGUGCGCGCGGCGCUGCAGACCGAGGGCCGCCUGCUGGAGCUGUGGCGGCUGGCCGGCAGCCACGAGGCGGUGUUCCGCAGUGACCCGGCGUUGUCCUGGCACUGGGACAUGGCGCGGCGGCAGUUUUUCGGUGAAUCGCUGCCGAUGGUCGAGCAGUUGAUCGAAGGCGGUCGUCGUGGUGUACCUCCGCCGUGGACCGCUGCCGAGUUCACCCGGCGCUAUGUGCCGACGCUGCAGUCGCUGGAGGCGCUGCGCGAUGGCUACCUGAGUGUGUCCAUUGCCCGCUUCGAACAUACCCGCAACCGCGCCGCCAUGCGCCUGGCGGUACUGGUGGCGACGGUCGUGGGUACGCUGCUGGUGCUGGGCGUGGCCCUGCGCAUUGCCCAUGUGCAGAUCCUGCGGCCCCUGCUGCAGGCGCAGCGGCAGCGCCUGUUCGAUGCGAUCGAGGUCCUGCGCGAAACCUCGCGCGAACGCUCGGCGCUGACCAGCGAGCUGCGGCAGCUGGCGGGCACCGAUGAACUGACCGGGCUGUUGAACCGCCGCGCGCUGGACCAACGGGUGCAGCAGCGCCAUGCCGAGGGCGCAGCGGCGGCGGUGGUGAUCCUGCUGGACGUGGACCGCUUCAAGUCGAUCAAUGAUGGCCAUGGGCAUGAUGCCGGCGACGAGGUGCUGGUGCAGGUCGCGCAGCUCCUGCAGCGCCACCUGCGCCGCAGCGACAGCAUCGCCCGCUACGGUGGCGAAGAGUUCCUGGUGCUGCUGGCCGAUGGCGAUCUGGAUGCCGGUCGUCGGCUGGCCGAAUCGCUGCGGUUGGCGCUGCAGCAGCUGGACAUCAGAGUGGGGGGCGGCACAGCGCCUGCGCGUGACCGCCAGCUUUGCGUGGCCGAGGGCGGUACCGACGCACUGGGCUGGCGCACCCUGCUGCGCGCGGCCGAUGCGGCGAUGUACCAGGCCAAGGCGCAGGGCCGUGACCGUGUACGGGUUGCCGGUGGGGGACGCGCCUCACGUUGA